UCCUCAUUGAUAAGGCAGUCUCUCUUACUGUACGUGAACAAUAUACCUGAGGCUUACUUUUCUCUUAUUUUCUUUAGAAUUACACGCCUUUAAGCAGGCCAUAUAGGCCUACUUACAAAUACAAAACGCGGAGACAUAGCCUACUUAUUUUAAUUAACCUAUUUGUCGUGACUACGGAGACAAAUAGCCUACUUCAACAGAUUUCAGUCUGACUACACCAUGGAACAAGUGAUGCCACUGUCAGCUGGUUUUCGCUCCUCAUUAAAACGUCAGACCGCCAUUGACAUGUAUGACCAUAUGUCAUUGUUUUCUGGAUAUCUCCUGCCAGGAGAUGAGGACCAGUCAGUCCAAGAGGUUCCCUCUGGCCUUGACUGUGUUACACAUGACAUGGAGCCAUGUACUGUACCACUGCUUACUCCAUGUAGCAAAGCAGUCAUGAGUCAGGCACUGAAGGACAGUUUUAAUGGGUUUGCAAAGGUGCAACGCAUCUGUGGAAUCUCAAACAACCCGCGCAAGUGGAGCAAACAGCAUAUCAUGAAGUGGUUGCACUGGGCAUCUACUGAGUUUAGCCUCACAAAUGUUAACUUCUUCAAGUUUGACAUGGAUGGCCAAGAGCUUUGCAACCUUGGAAAAGACAACUUCCUGGAGCUAGCCCCUGACUUUGUCGGUGAAAUACUCUGGGAGCACUUGGAUCAGAUGAUGAAAGAGUGUCAUGAAAAGGUUGAGUCAAAUGUCUUUGCUCAGGCAGUACAAGCAGUUCCCAACUGGAUGAGCAAAAACAAUGUUGAAGGCUUUGGAUUGGAGGAUGGCUUGUGUUCACUUCAGGUACCUGACAACAGCUUACUGAGGGGGCUGUUUGAGACUUCAGAUGAAACAGCACUGACAAAGGAUCAGGAGUACUCCAUGUUUCCCAAACCCCGGCUGAGCACUGUGAAUAUUGGUUAUAUCAAAAGCAGGCAGAAUUACACAAUGACAGCUAUUAGGCCUGGCAUCUCAAAACACAUUUCAUCACAUGAUCUAAGCUCAGUGGAGAGUGUCGACAGCUUUGAAGGUGGUGCCGAGUCCAUGUUGCGCUCAUGGAGCAGUCAGUCAUCUUUGGCUGACAUGCAGCGUGUUCCUUCACAAGACAGCUUUGAUGAUGAGUACUCCAUAGCUCCAUUUGAUGUGGGAAAGCAGGGGCUUUCUUUUAAAGACUACAUUUUGGAAAGGAAUGAGCCCAUUGAACAGGGCAAACCUGUAAUACCCGCAGCUGUUUUGGCUGGAUUCACAGGCAGUGGUCCAAUACAACUAUGGCAGUUCCUGCUAGAGCUGUUGACAGAUAAAGCAUGCCAAACCAUCAUUAGCUGGACUGGUGAUGGAUGGGAGUUUAAGCUCAUUGACCCUGAUGAGGUGGCUCGGCGCUGGGGACGAAGGAAAAACAAACCUAAGAUGAACUACGAAAAACUAAGCCGAGGCCUGCGCUACUAUUAUGACAAGAAUAUUAUUCACAAAACGCCUGGGAAACGCUACGUGUACCGCUUUGUCUGUGAUCUCCAGAACCUAUUGGGCUACUCAGCUGAGGACUUGCAUAUCAUGUUGGGGGUUCAACCUGACACCGAUGACUGAGCAAGCUGGAAUGUUUCUCAGUGUUGAGCGAGGUGAUGAAAUUUUAACCCUCCAUGUGGAAAUAUUGGCUUCUUGAGCACCUCCAUUUCGUAGUUGGCGAGGUUCUUUGUUCUUAGUUCAGCGGGGGCUCGAUGCCAUGAGUUGCUGACCAAGAGUUUCUUUAUUUGAUAAGAGUGGACCUCAAGCAUGGAAAUGCAUUGCUGUGCAAGCUCUGAUUAUGUAGAGCAUCCUGACAUUUCCUUAAUUGACACAACAGAAGUGAAGUUGAGGUGAUAGAAUUAUAUCUCACAUACUUAUGCACUGGUUGUGGUUUGCACUGUAAAAUUGCUAAUUAAAUUAGCUACCGCUUAGUGUGAACUGGUGGCAAUCGUGUUCCAUGUCAGAACGAUAUGGGGAAUAUCUUGAUAUCUUGGUAUAACAGCAUCUCCUUUUGAAAUAUGAUAUGUUAUAUUGUUCCAUUCAGUGUGACAAUGUAAUAAUGUAUUUGGUUCUUAAAAUGAUGUAGAAGUUCACUGGGGGUGUACGAUCAACCCCAAAUUCUACUGGCCUGUCUUAGUCUGAGGCGUGUGGCACUGUUACCUUUAGCCAGGUCACUGCAUGGUCUCCUGCAUCUUAGAGCAAUUUCCUGUGUAUUAGCCGCAUUGUGUAUAAGCCGCAGGACAGUGUUUUAUGCAAGUUAAAAGAAACAAAACCAUAUUUAUACCAUAUUUACUGCUCCUGUGUAUUAACCUCAUGGCUGAAGAAAUAUUGCAAAAUCAAUGUAUAAGCCACGGCUAAUAGUUGGGAAAUUACGGUAUCAAAAUAAACUGAUUACAAAUGGUAUGGCCUUACAAAUUGUCAGUACUUUAAAACAGAUGCCUUGUUAUUCAUGUAUUUUACUGCAGUUUAUCUUUGGGGAAUGUAGCCAAUCCACUGAGGCACGAAUGCCACAAUUUUUUAUCGCUCAGGCCAAAGUGUGAUAUGAAUGUAUAAUGUCUGUUUUCUGAUUGCAUUUAGCUGUUUUUUAAAACCAAAGCUGUUAAUCAUACUCAGCAAAUGGUAUUCAGCUGGUUACAGGUUUGAGGAGAUUUCCUAGAAAAUGAAAAUAUAAAUGAAAUGUGUCUCAGAUAACUGCUUAUUAUACUGCUCUAAGCUAAGUUUUUGAAAUAUUUCUCAUUUUUGUUUAUUUGUAUUUUGGAUCUUAAGCCACAAACCUGGUGUACAUUUGCUGCUUUGCUUUAAAUGUAAUGUUUUUAUACAUCAAAUUUUCCUGACUACAGAAAUGCUUAUAUCUGAUGGAGAGCACUAUGUGAAAUUGCUUUAGCAAUCUUUUGAAACCUGUUUCUAGUACUACAUAUUUGCAUGUAAUGUCUUACACUUGGAUGCACAAUUUAUUUAUAUGGUUGCAGAAUAGAUAUUUGACUCCAAAAUGCUAUGAAUGUAUUACUAAGUGCAACCAGUUUGAAUUUUUAGAUUUUAAUUAACUCUGAACCAUCUGUCCUCAGAACAUAUGUGGACCUUGUCUAUGUAAUGUUUAUCAAUUUAAAAUUGAGACCGUUGUCUUGGAAAAAAUCGGGAACUGUUUCCUGCUGUGUUUUUAUAAAGCGCUAUUUUUAUAUGAACUGUUUAAUUAUUUUGUGUGAGUAUAAAACAUUGUAAUAUUUAAAAUAUUUUUUGUAGAGGUAUUACCACAAAUUCAUGUGGUGAAACAGAGGAAGAUAGUCCUGCAGAUCUUUUAUUUAUUUUACUGAAUGUGAGCCUGUUGCAGAAUCCCUAUAUUACAUGACUAUUUGUUUUACUGCUGAAACUUAGUGUAGUAAGAUUAGUUCACUCUUAUUAUCAACUGUGAUGUUGUGUAUAAUGCAAGUCAGUAAAUAUAUCCUAUAUCCAUAUGCGAACUGAAGCCAUACUUUACAGCUCCAACUGUGAUUACUGUACGUCAAAUAUGUUCUGAUGCAAUUUGACAGAUGUAUGCCUUUCCUAAUUAUGUCCAAUGAAUUUAAUUGGAGCCAAGUUAAGAAGCAUCUUAAGGAGCAUUCAAAAAAAGAAAUAGGAUGCACCAUAUAGCUUUUAUUUGUAAUAAAUUUACAAAACACUCAUA